CAAACGUAUAGAAACCAAACAAGAUGAACUAUAUCCAAUUGGAAAAGUUGGGAGAGGGUACAUAUGCAACUGUGUACAAGGGACGGUCACGAAUGUCCAAUGAGACUGUGGCCUUGAAAGAGAUUCAUUUAGACGCAGAAGAAGGAACGCCAUCAACAGCAAUCAGAGAAAUCUCAUUAAUGAAAGAAUUACGACAUACAAAUAUCGUUCGAUUACACGAUGUCAUUCACACAGAAUCAAGAUUACUUCUCGUUUUCGAAUUUAUGGAACAAGAUUUGAAAAAGUAUAUGGAUAAUCAUGGAAACAAAGGAGCUCUUGAUCCUGCCACAAUUCGAUCAUUCAUGUUUCAAUUGCUAAAAGGAACAGCAUUUUGUCAUGAAAAUCGUGUUCUUCAUCGUGAUCUUAAACCGCAAAAUUUAUUGAUUAACAGAAGAGGAGAGUUGAAAUUGGCCGAUUUCGGUCUAGCGCGUGCAUUCGGUAUCCCGGUCAACACUUUCUCCAACGAAGUUGUCACACUUUGGUAUCGUGCUCCGGAUGUGCUAUUGGGAAGUCGUACAUACAGCACAAGUAUUGACGUUUGGAGUGCAGGAUGCAUUAUGGCAGAAAUGAUUAGUGGUGUUCCACUUUUCCGUGGACGUGAUAAUAACGAUCAAUUGAAUCAAAUCUUACGAGUGUUGGGAACGCCUGACGAAGGAACGAUUGAACGAUUACGAAAAGAUUCUCCCGAAAUACAGCCAAGACCGUUCCCAAGAAUGCCAAAAGUUCCUUUCUCUCAUUUGUUCCCAAAAGCACACCCUUUGGCAAUCGAUCUUUUAGAGAAGCUCUUGAAGUUUGAUCCUGCACAACGAAUCAGCGCAGAUGAAGCACUUCGUCAUCCUUACUUUACCACAAGUCAUGCACUACAGCCAACAUCGGGUGCGAAUGCAAAUCAAGCACAAGCGGUACGUGUUGCUUAAAAAGACAAACAAACAAGAUUAAAAUGUCUCAUUAACGAUGAUUUCCUCUUUUCAGGAUCCAAACAAUUACGGCGGUUUCAAGUGAAUAUCCACAUGACCUUUCUAGCAGCUUUUUCUUUUCCAUGUACUGACUUCAAUCUCUGAUUUUGUACGACGUGUCUUGCUUUGGUUUCUAAUA